AUGGGCUCGACACCACUCCCCAUCACCCUCGAUUCGCUCCCCAAAGAAAUCCUCAUCCAGAUCCUCGGCCACUUACCAGCGCAACGCGAUGUCUACGCCACCUGUCUCGUUAACCACCGGCUCAAUUCGUUUGCCGAUCCAAUACUGUAUAAGAGUAUCAGAUUUGAUCAGCCGAAACACCAUUUUACUUUCUCCGAGAGUUUGGUGAAGAGACCGAGGCGUGGGAGUCUGAUCAUGGAUGUGAGACUCGAGUAUCCGAGUAGUGAGCUCAGCGAUUUUAUCUUUCAGAGGGAGAGUAGGAUUGAUGGGUUUAGUCAUACGAUUAGUACGAUGAGCAAUUUGGAGACGUUGGAGAUUUCGGUGCCCGAGAGGUUGUGUCAUGGGAUUGGGACGCUUUUUAAUGGGCCGUUUGAUUUGGCUUGUUUGAGGACUUGUUCUUUAUUCUACCAGCGCGAAGAUGGUGGCUACUGGGACCUCAAAGAAAACAUCCACAUCUUCGGCCACCCAACCCUAGAAACCCUCACCAUCACACGCGCCCGUCUCGAUCAGAAAGGCUUCGAAUCCGUAGAACAACCCUCAGAAACCGCACUGACAACCCUCAAACUCAUCAAUUGCGACAUCAACGACGACGCCCUCUCAGAACUCCUCCUCUUCCCAGACGCCCUCAAAGAAAUCACCAUCACGCACUCCGCAACCCCAGAACCACCCCUGGAAGAAAGCGCCAACGCCACAAUGUCCGACUACAUCCUCGCCCUCGGCUCCGCAAACCACUCACUCGAAUCCAUCUCCAUCGACUUCCCUACCCUCGGCGGCACCAAAGCUCUCCGCAUGCGCGAGUUCGAACAGCUGCACACGCUUGAACUGAGAGAUUACCAGCUUUUCGGCCAGUCUUCGUCGGCUGCGAGGCUUCAUUCCGUGGCGCUACCGCCGAAUCUGGAGACGUUGAAGUUUUGGGGGCCGGUGGGGGUCGAUGAGGAGGUUUGUGAGUUGUUGUGUUAUGAGAUUGAGAAUAUGGGGUUUUUGGCGAGGAAGUUGAGGAGGGUGGUGGUUGAGGGGGGUGGGGUGCCGGAGGUGGUGAGAGAGGCGUGUGGGAAGGCGGAGGGGAGCUUUGAGUUGGUUGUUAGGUGA